GUUGACAAAUACUCCGGUGUCAGAUAUACGUAAAUAAACAAUUCUGCAAUUGAAAAGUUUUGAAAAAAAUACUGUUUCCUCUAAAAUAAAAGGUUUUAUUGAAAUAUGGAGAGCAAUUACAAAGAUUUGUAUAAAAAGAAAAUACUGUUGAAGGAACAACAAAUGAAACGACGAAAAGAACUGCUUGAAAUUCAGAAAAGGCGAAGAGAUGAAAUGUUCAUUUCUGGAAGAGAAUCAGUGAAAACACCACAAGAACAAAGCUUUAAAAAGAAACAACUAAAAAACAGAUACACUAAUAUAAUAAUGUUAUCAGAAUUUAUGAUAUCACUCCCUGAAGAUAUUGAAAAUUUCACCCUUAUACCUUGUCCAAAAGGUGUUAGAUGUUCUCUCGUAACAGAAGAAUCUAAACAUAAGAAAUAUGCAAAUCUUUUCAACAAAAAGGGUAAAAGAAUACUCAAUUUCAAAACUAAUAUCCCUCCAAACACAAUACUUGAUUGCAUCUUUAGUAUGGUAACAAACACAAUUUACAUCCUUGAUAUAAUUGCUUACAACAAUCAUGAUAUGAGCGAAUGUGAAGCUUUUUUCAGAUUGUUUUGGAUUAAAAGCAAGUUUUUAGAAGAUGAACUUCAUGUCUUGAAUGAUGGAAAACAGUUGAAACUUGAAUUGCUUUCAAAUUACGAUUUUUCAGAUCCUCAUACAAUAAAGCUUGUUUUUGAAACUUAUGCACCCUUUAAAGAUGGAGCAGAACUUGAUGGAUAUUUAUUUUAUCACAAAGAAUGUUUACCAAUAGAAGGAUCUUAUACAGCUGGCGAGACACCGCUUGUCUUAUGGUUAUUCCCAUUCAUGGUUAAUGAACUCUUUGAAAGUUUCAAAGUUCAUGAAUUUUAUUAUUCGCAGCGGCCAGAGAAUUACACAAAUCAUCUUCUCUCUAUAGAAGAAUACUUCAAGAAAACACGUGAAAAACAUGGAAAUUUUGAUGAUGAAAUGAUGAACGUUCAAGAUAAAAAAAUGUGUGAUCAAAUUGCCCUCCCAUGUCCAUUACCAUGCCCAGAACCGUGUCCACCAUGUUUAGAUCCCUGUUUGCCUUGUUUCCCAUGCUUCCUUUGCCCAUCGCCAUGUUCACCAUGUCCACCAAAGCUUGUUUUUGAAACUUAUGCACCCUUUAAAGAUGGAACAGAACUUGAUGGAUAUUUAUUUUAUCACAAAGAAGGAUCUUAUAUAGCUGGCGAGACACCGCUUGUCUUAUGGUUAUUCCCAUUCAUGGUUAAUGAACUCUUUGAAAGUUUCAAAGUUCAUGAAUUUUAUUAUUCGCAGCGGCCAGAGAAUUACACAAAUCAUCUUGUCUUUAUAGAAGAAUACUUCAAGAAAACACGUGAAAAACAUGGAAAUUUUGAUGAUGAAAUGAUGAACGUUCAAGAUAGUGAAAAUAUUCAUGAUUUAGCUGAUAAUUAGAUUAAAUUGAAAUCUAAAAAAUAAAUUAAGCCAACAUCUUGACUCUUUGAAUGUUAAACAAGCAAUUAAUAUAUUUUAAUAAAUUAUCAUUGUAUACUGUAAACUAUUGUUUAGCAAUUGGAAAUGUAGUUACAUAAAAUUUUAUUUUAUUAAAAUCGGUAA